GGGCUGAACACUAUGUUUCUGUUCUGAGGCACCGAAAUAUCCCCUGCGUAAGGCAACGUGAAUUUUAGAGUCACAUGAUGGAGCCAUAGGCCUGCUCGAGAUGCAACGUGUAUGGUUUGAAUUACUUGAAACCAAGUCCUUUUCCCUACAGAACUGUAGGUUUUUGUAGUCUGAGUCUUUAAGCAGAAGACGUCACUGCAUACAGGAAGCUGAGUUUGCACUAGAACUGUCUGCUAUUUUCCUCCGAGCAGCAAUUUCAUCAAACUGACCAUAAAGAGAGAGUGCAAGCCUGUUGCAUCUGCAGAAUAUUUUCUUUCACAGGACCUCCAAGAAACCAACGUUUCCCACAAGAAUGGUCUCACAUAAUAUGUCAUGGGUAAGGUACCCGAGCCAGGGAGGAGACCACAAUGCCGAAGACGUCGUGCAUUCCGAUACUGUAAUAGCCAAACUUAUGCAUAUCUACAUUGCACUCUUUGUCCUGACUGGUCUAUUAGCAGGGAUCAUUAUCUUAGGCAUCUUCAUUAAGAACUGCAUGCACCAUGCCUUGAAGAAAUUGGAUGCCGUGAUUUUUGCUCAUACCGUCAGCAAUAUUGCGCUGAUUUUGCUGUCCUUCACCGUCACCGCAAGGCCGGACUAUCUCAGAGUAUCCUACUUCGAAUGUGGCACUCUGUCCUUUUUUUUCAACCUGAGUUACUUCAGUUCUCAGUACCUUCGGGUGCUAAUGGUGCUGAGCAUUUUUUUCAGCAGGCACCCACCCCAGAAUGCCUUGAUCAGCAAGGCGUACCGAAACGUAACAGUAUUCAUUGGAUUGGUAUUGAUGUGCGCCUUAUGUGCUACCCUGAUAGUAACAGCGAUGCUGGGUGCAGUGAAUAACCACGAAGUAACAGACUGCCAAUUAGAUCCUUUAUUUGCAUGGCCCGAGUAUGAGAUUAUUAAAUUUACCCUUGGCUUCUGCAUCCCAUCUUUGGCCAAACUAUUCUUCUUCAUUCGGUUGCUAGUUAAAAAAACCCAUACAGAAAUUGACCACUCAAGACAGAGUUUUACGCCUUAUUUGACUGUGUUUGCGAUCAGCAUAACCAUGGUUAUAUGUCGCCUGUUUUACAACGUGAUGCUUCUCUACAGGGCCCUCUUGAAGUUACACAGAAGCGUAGGGACAGUUCAAACCGAGCUGACCACAAAUAUUGCAGAAAUCAUGCUGUUCAGCGAAAGCUGUCUCAGUUUAUUGAUCAUACUUUUCCUUCAUAAGACAUGCAGGAGAGGCUUAUUGCGUAUUGCAAAUAAAAUUGCAAAGGUCUGCGGGAGACGCGAUGGCACCAAUACCUUUGAAAUACGUGAAUUUCACACUGAAGUUUCGUCUGUGCCCUCUGAAAAUGAAUCACACUUGAAUUUGGACUUCCGAAAUACCAGCAAUUAAAAAAAAUAGCUUAAAAGAGAUACCUGAAUGUAUAAAAGGCUUCCAGCCUUAUUUACUCUACUGAAGAAGCGAUGUUCUUAGGUGCAAAAAGACAGCUGCGAUCAAAAUAAUUGCAGGCUUUGCAAGCAUUGUCAUUGCAGGUCCAUCCUUUGCUUUUGUGGGUGAAGUCCAGGCAGCAGAGUGGAGAACGGUGUGGAUAACUUGAUGAAGAACUUUAAUGAAGAGAAAUGUUGUCUCCUUUUUUAUUUCUGUCAUGGAUUUAUUUUUUAUUUUACUUUUUAAAGAUUGCUGACGUUUAUAACUAGAAUGUAUUCAAGAUGAGAAAAUGCAGUGGAAAGACUGUGGAUAUUAUCAUCUACUGAAUUAACAUACCCUGUUUCCCCUAAAAUAAGACAUCCCCAGAAAAUAAGACCUAGUAGAGGUUUUGCUGAAUUGCUAAAUAUAAGGCCUCCCCCGAAAGUAAGACCUAGCAAAGUUUUUGUUUGGAAGCAUGCCCGCCAAACAGAACACUAGAUCAUGUAGGAUCGGUAAAUGUUUGUACCAUAGUGUUGUACAUGGAAAUAAUGAUAGUAACAAGAAAUUAUUGAUAGGAUUCAGUUUAUCUGGUUAUGCUGGUUUGUGAUGACAACUACUGUACAGUAUAUAAUAAAUGUUCAUUUUUAGUUGAACAAUAAAUGUGAAUUCUUCUUCAUGGAAAAAUAAGACAUCCCCUGAAAGUAAAACCUAGAGUAUCUUUGGGAACAAAAAGUAUUAUAAGACACUGUCUUAUUUUCGGGGAAACACGGUAUUAUUUUGCCAAUAACUCAGCCAUACUGAUAGCACCAACUAAGAUGUCACUCUCCAUAAUCCAUCAAACAUGAUGACCUCCAAGUAUUUGUAAGGGAGGCAAGUCACUUGCAGAGAGACUCCUUUUCCUUGAUUUCUAUUCAUCCCAACCAAACUCUCAAUUCUAUUUUUGCAGUCCCAAGGAAGCCUGUUAAAGAAUACGUUUGCUUCUAAAAGUCUUUCCAGUACAUGGAAUCAGUCAACAAUGCAUGUGACAACAGAAGAACUUGCAGUCUCAUUAGAUUAGACGUCCUACGGAGAACCAAGCAUCCUAAAAGGAAAUGAAAGGAGAACUAAAGGGACGUUGCUUUUCGCUGGUAUUCAGACUUCCUAACCAAAUGAACUGCUGCACCAUUCAGGUUUUCAAAAAGACUUAUUUUCAGUAGGAUGGGAGAAAAAAUAUUACUUCUACAAACAAAACCAUUGUUCUGGGCUUCAAAUUAUUUUCCUAGGGUUAAAGGUAAAGGUUUUCCCCUGACGUUAAGUCCAGUCAUGACCAACUCUGGGGGUUGUUGCUCAUCUCCAUUUCUAAGCCAAAGAGCCGGCGUUGUCUGUAGACACCUCCAAGGUCAUGUGGCCAUAGGCAUGACUGCAUGGAGCGCCGUUACCUUCCCGCCGGAGCGAUACCUAUUGAUCUACUCACAUUGGCAUGUUUUCAAACAGCUAGGUUGGCAGGAGCUGGGGCUAACAGCGGGUGCUCAUUCUGUUCCCAGGAUUUGAACCUGGCACCUUUUGGUCCGCAAGUUCAGCAGCUCAGCGCUUUAACACACUGUGCCACCAUCUCUGGCCUUAGGUAACAACAAAUGCAGGCCACUUUUAUCAAGGGGAAAUAUUAUGUGUCAGCAUGGACACAGUAUUAUUAUAGAAGCCAUUAUUAUUUUUCUUAGGGCUAUCUUAUUAUUCGGUACCUAUUGAUCUACUCACAUUUGCAUGUUUUCGAACUGCUAGGUUGGCUGGAGCUAAGGCAGGCUUAAACCCAUUUGGCAAACCUUAGCAAAAGACCCAAACAAAAUGACCAACAACACGAAAGAUCUAUAAGGUGAGCUACUGAAGGGAAUAAGGCACAUCGGGAAAAAACCCAUGUCCAUGUUCUAUGGUAAUUCUGGGCCCCUUAAAAUGGUUAUGGAGAGAACAUUGAAACUAUGCCAAUCACAAGGGCAAGAAAAAGGCAAUAACGACAGUAGCUCUUUCAUUAAGCUGGGCAAUAAACAGCAUUCCAAAUGAGUUUGGCAAUUUUAACAAAACCCUGAUCUGAACAGAAGAAGGAACACGUAAAAUGUAAUAGGAGUCAGCCCUGCAGGGAGGGUCAAAAUGUUACAUUGAAAGAUUUAGCUGUAACUUAAGACACACUGAAUUUUGAUAUUUAUCAGAACAAAAAAACAACCUAUCCAUAAUGGGCCCAAAAGGUAGUCUUUUUUUCUUUAUAUUACACAUGAUGGGACCUUUUCCAUGUACGUUCUCUCCCUUCACGGAAGCUAAUUCUACUUUGAAAAAAACAACUCAAGCGAAGAGGGUAGGACUAGAUAACACUGUUCUUUAAGGAUAGCAUGUGCAGACAUUUGACUGUGCUGAACUCAGUCAGGCUUCCAACACAUCCCUCCCCAAACCCUAACUGAAGUGAAGCCUAAAGACAUCUAUCUGCAUAUGUUUAUAUUCCUGCAUUCUCACACUUGCUUCUAGAAGUUGCCUGAUGUAGGAACAUGUUUUUGUUCUUGAUCUAUCCUUUGCUACCAUGUAUACUGUUAUGUACAUUUAUGAUACCAUAUGCAUCAACAUAUUUAAGGUUAUUAAAUUAAUCUUAAAAGUA